AUGGCACGAGCUAAUUACCUCAUCGUUGCUCUAUCACUCCACAUGAUUUUGCAGCUAUUUCUUAGUAAACCAUCUAGUGCCUUAGCGCCUACAACAUCUCCGUCUUUUCCUGCCAUCCUCAUAUUCGGCGAUUCUACCGUCGAUACAGGGAACAACAACUUCAUUCCCACCGUUUUCAAGGCUAAUUACUUUCCAUAUGGUAAAGAUUUUCCUGACCAUGUUGCUACAGGAAGGUUCAGUAAUGGAAAACUGAUCCCUGACAUGGUGGCUUCUAAGCUGGGGAUAAAGGACCUUGUUCCUCCAUUUUUGGAUCCAAAGCUGUCAGAUGAUGAAGUGAAAACAGGGGUUAGUUUUGCAUCAGCUGGCACUGGUUUUGAUGAUCUGACGGCCAUUGUACCCAAAGUCAUUCCUGUGAUGAAGCAGAUUGAUCUGUUCAAGAAUUACAUUCAAAGACUUCAAGGGAUUGUGGGUGUGGAAGAAAGUAAGAGGAUUAUUGGCCGUGCUUUGGUUGUUAUCAGUGCAGGAACAAACGACUUCAACUUCAAUUUCUACGACCUUCCCACCAGGAGGCUGCAGUUCGAUAUUGGUGGAUACCAAGAUUUUCUACAAAAUAGACUGCAAAACUUGAUCAAGGAAAUUUACCAACUUGGAUGUCGUAAUAUGGUGGUCGCUGGGCUUCCUCCAAUUGGUUGUCUUCCCAUUCAAGAGACCAUAGCAUUUGAGAAUCCUCUAGAUCGAAAAUGUUUGGAUGGUCAAAACUUGGAUUCUCAAGCCUACAAUCAGAAACUUUCAAAGCUGCUAGGCAAUUUACAGCCACAACUCGCUGGAAGCACAAUUCUCUAUGCAGAUAUUUACACCCCACUCAUCAACAUGAUCAAUAGUCCUCGCAAUUAUGGUUUUGAGCAGACGAACAUAGGUUGCUGUGGAACGGGAUUGGUAGAAGCAGGGCCUCUGUGUAAUCCAAAAACCGCAACGUGUGAAAACCCAUCAAAAUUCUUGUUUUGGGAUAGCAUUCAUCCAACUGAAACGACCUACAAGUUCAUAGCUGAUUCGCUUCUCGAGCAACUUGGCGAUCACCUGAUUCAAAAUUGA